ACACACGCAUGCGACACCUUCUGUUGUUUGCAUUUAUAGACAAGUAGAAAAAAAUUCGCGGUAGUUUCGUCUUGAUUAACGGCUAAAUCAGAUCGAACGUAAAGAAUUUUAUAUUUGAGUGUGUUGAACAUACAAAGUAUGAGAGUUGAUAACUAUAAUUCAUUAGUGAAAAACCGAUAAUCAUAAAACAUGACGCUGAUGGGAACAUGUAUCACAACAACAACACUUAUCAGUUUGAUUGUACCGAGCUUGGCUCAAUUCAAUUUACUGCAACUACUGUACGACGUGACUAACCAAUUCAACGAAUCUAUACCUGACACCAGUCAGUAUUUACCUGUCUAUGAUUUUAUUAUAAUUGGUUCAGGAUCGGGUGGUUCAGUUAUGGCGAAUCGUUUAUCCGAAGUGCGGAAUUGGAAAGUUCUUUUACUGGAAGUUGGUGACGAGGAAAACUUUUUAUCCGAUGUUCCGCUUACUCCUGGAGCUACUCAAGUCAGUCGAUACAAUUGGGGCUAUAAGACGGAAAAACAGCGCGGAGCUUGUACAGGUUUGAAAGGAGGUGUUUGUAGUUGGCCGAAAGGCCGUGCCGUCGGAGGUACUAGCGUUAUAAACUUUAUGUUAUAUCAGAGAGGUCAUCGAAAAGACUUUGAUGGUUGGGCUGCUGCCGGUAAUGUUGGUUGGAGUUACAACGAGAUUCUUCCAUAUUUCCUGAAAUCCGAAAGAGUUGAUCCAUAUCUGGACGGUAUGGAAACUGAUUAUCACGGAACAGAGGGUUACCUAAGCGUGGAAAAUGCACGCUACAAAACACCGUUAGUCAAUGCAUUUCUUGACGCAGGUAGAGAAUUCGGAUACAGAAAUUCGGACCCAAACGGUGAAUCUUUGCUGGGCUUUUCGAGAGCGCAGGCAACGUUACGCAACGGUCGUCGAUGCAGUGCUGCAAAGGCUUUCAUACGGCCGGUGAUUCACCGAGACAAUCUGCACAUAUCAAUGAGGAGUUGGGUCACAAAAAUCAUUAUCGAUCCUCUUACGAAAACCGCAACCAGCGUCGAAUUUGUGAAGAACAAAAAACGGUACAGAGUCAGAACUAGGAAGGAGAUAAUCGUAUCUGCCGGAACAAUUGCAUCGCCACAGUUACUGAUGCUAUCCGGUGUAGGACCCAGACAACAUUUACAGAAUCUGAACAUUCCGGUCGUUCAAGACUUGAAGGUGGGAUAUAAUCUUCAGGAUCAUGUAGCAUUCAAUGGACUCGAAUUUUUAGUUGACCAACCUAUUACAAUAAGCGAAGCGAGUGUUCAAAAUCCGAUUCAUGUUUUGAAUUAUGUGCUUCGCGGCAGAGGUCCCUACACAAUUCCGGGUGGUGCUGAAGGAUUAGCAUUUGUAAAAACAUCAAAUUCUUCAUUUGCCUAUGAUUAUCCGGACAUUGAAAUCGUAAUCGGUGCUGGCGGAUUGAGUGGAGAUGCGUCUGGUACUCUUCGAAACAUGCUGGGUUUACCCGAUGAAUUUUACCACAGAGUCUAUGGUAAAAUUAUUGGAAAGCAUGCUUUCGGCCUUGUUCCAGUGUUACUGAGACCGAGAAGUAGAGGACGACUUAGUCUUAAAUCAACAAAUCCUUUCCAUUGGCCACGUAUGGAACCCAAUUUCUAUACUGACAGAAACGACUUGACUACAUUGAUUGAAGGGAUUCGAUUGAGUCUUUUGCUAGCUGAAACGAAAAGUUUCAAACAAUUAGGCGCCAGAUUUCACACAACUCCAUUCCCUGGAUGUGAAACUCGCCCGUUUCUCAGCGACGAAUAUUUGGAAUGUUGCAUACGAAAGUAUGCCUCCAGCUUGCAACAUCAGGUCGGUACCUGCAAAAUGGGACCAUCCAAUGACCCGGAUGCUGUGGUUAAUCCUCAACUUCAAGUUCAUGGGAUUCCGAAUCUGCGUGUUGUGGACGGAUCGAUAAUACCUACAAUUCCAGCUGCUCACACAAAUGCAGCGAUAUUCAUGAUUGGCGAGAAAGGAGCUGAUAUGGUGAAAGAAUUUUGGAGGCACAGAGGAAGUGGAAUUGAUUAAUGUAGGAUAGGUAGAUAGAAAAUGCCCAACGAUACAGCUGUCAGCUACAGUAGGUGGAGAGAAUCAGUAUCAGUCUCAAAUUGUAUGAUACUAAUUGGUGUGUAAUUAUCAAAGUUUCCCAAAAAUUAAAAAAAUUUCCUUCAUGGUAAAGGUGUAACUGUGAUAAAUGCAGAAAGCGAGGCAGAAAGCUAUUGGCAACCUACAAAAACUGCACAUAAAUUCCAAAGAUUUUCAAUUAAAAGACACAAUAAGUAUAAA